AUGACGCGAGAUGAGCUUCUGAACUUGGUCGAAGAAGAUCCUGAGCUGUUAGCAGUGGCUCGGGCGCAGGGUCUCGUUGAUGAGCGUGCCAUGCGAGUUGUGCGGGUGGUGGCUGCAGACGCACUGCGGCCCGCGGUCGAGGCACACAAGACCAUCAACUGGGACGAUCGCCUGUUGUCCAUUUGCGAGCAGCGGGGUAAGGUGCUGCAGGAUGAUCCGUCUGACAAGACAGCGCAGGUCAAGUUUCGGGGAAAGAUCUGUGCCAGCGUGUGGCUGCCAUGGGAAUGUUUGGAAGACGAGUGGAUGGAUUUGCAAGACAACUCUUAUCCACCUUCUCGACCUCGAACCGUGCAGGUUGCCCCAGUAGAUGUACUCCAGAAAGCUGUGGAAGACAACUCCUGGAUCACAUGGAAGGCCGAAAUGGCGUCAUUGGCUGGGCAAUUUGCAGUUGCCAUCGAGGACGAGCCUCAGUAUGAGCUGGUAAAGGUUGACUUUGGUGGUAUGUCUCGGUACCUGCCAAGCAGUGCUUUAUUGGAAGCAGAUGGCCUGAUGAUUGAGGACUCUGAGGAGGAAGAUGACGACGAUGACAACGAUUCAGGUUUUGAUGAUGAGGAUCAAAGCUUCAAGGAAGUUGCAACGUCAAAGGGGGACCCCUCCCUGGAAUCUCAAAAGCGAAAGCCAGACGACGACUGUGAUGAUGGAUCUCACAAGCGGCUUUUCUCGCAUCGAGAGUCACUUACAAGACAUACGGCAACGCUGUUUGCAUGCAUCGCCAUUUGCCGAGCAGCUGGUGCAUGCCGAUGCCGCGCUGAGUUGAUGCGAGCCAAUCUAAGGCAUCAGAAGUGCUGA